AACAUUGAAUCAUUUGAUUGAUACUACUGGAAGAAGGGAAUGGCUUCUCCAACAACUAGUCUCAAUAAGAAUCAUCAUGUUGCUGAAACAAACACUGCACCCUAUGGCUCUUGGAAAUCCCUCAUCACUGCCGAUGUUGUCUCCGGCGCAGCCAACGGGCUUGCCGGUACCGCCGUAGAUGGCCGUGGCCGUCUCAUUUGGUUAGAAAUACGUCCAACAGAAUCAGGACGAGGGGUUCUUGUUCUUGAGCCAGAGAACCCUGGAGAAGAACCUUUGGAUGUUACUCCUAAGGAGUUUGAAGUGAGAACAUUGGCCAAGGAGUCUGAAGGUGGUGCUUUCUGUGUUUCAGGGAAUGUUGUCUUUUUCUCAAAUUACAAGGAUCAGAGGUUGUACAUGCAAUCCAUCACUUCUGUAGAUGUGCCUCCUGUACCUCUCACUCCGGAUUAUGGGGGACCGGUAGUCAGCUAUGCUGAUGGAAUAUUUGAUGCACGCUUCAACCGUUAUAUUUGUGUAAGGGAAGAUCGCCGGGAGAGCAGUCUGAAUCCUCCUAUAACAAUUGUGACUAUAAAACUUGGCAGCAAUGAUGUUUUCGAACCGGAAGUAUUAAUCGGUGGGAGUGACUUCUAUGCUUUUCCACGUCUCGAUCCUAAAAGUGAAAGAAUAGCAUGGAUUCAAUGGAGCCACCCCAACAUGCCAUGGGACAACUCAGAACUUUGGGUUGGCUAUGUUUCUGAAAACGGAUAUAUCGACAAGUGUGUUUGUGUUGCUGGGUGUGAUCCUUCACUUGUGGAAUCUCCAACUGAGCCCAAGUGGUCCCCUGAUGGAGAACUUUAUUUCAUUACUGAUAGAAGAAACGGUUUUUGGAAUAUCCAUAAAUGGAUUGAGUCUGAUAAUAUUGUCUUGCCUGUUUAUUCUUUGGAUGCUGAGUUUUCAAGGCCACUCUGGGUUUUCGGCAUUAAUUCUUAUGAAUUUGUUCAAAGUCAUAAUCACAGAAACUUAAUUGCUUGCAGUUACAGGCAGAAAGGGAGGUCAUAUCUUGGAAUCAUUGAUGAUGUGAAGGCUUCAAAAAUAACUGUGCUUGAUAUCCCUUUCACCGAUAUAGAUAACAUUACUUAUGGAAAUGAUUGCUUAUAUGUGGAGGGAGCGUCUGCAAUUCAUCCAUCAUCAGUGGCCAAGGUGACUUUAGACGACAAUAAAUCAAAAGCAGUUGACUUUUACAUUAUUUGGUCCUCCUCUCCAGAUUGUUUGAAGUAUAGUUCUUACUUCAGCAAACCAGAGUUGAUUGAAUUCCCAACUGAUGUUCCUGGUCAAAAUGCUUAUGCAUUUUUUUAUCCACCAUCUAAUCCUGUUUACCAGGCCAAUAAAGGCGAAAAACCUCCUUUAUUAGUGGAAAGCCAUGGAGGACCAACUUUUGAAACUCGUGGAAUUUUGAAAUUGAGCAUUCAGUACUGGACUAGUCGAGGUUGGGCAUUUGCUGAUGUUAAUUAUGGAGGAAGCACUGGUUAUGGCCGGGAGUACAGAGAACGGCUUUUGAGACGUUGGGGAAUAGUUGAUGUUAAUGACUGUUGUAGUUGUGCUACAUAUUUGGUGGACUGUGGAAGGGUAGAUGGGAAGAGGCUGUGUAUAACUGGGGGCUCUGCUGGUGGGUAUACCACAUUAGCUGCCCUUGCUUUUGCAGAAACUUUUAAGGCUGGGGCUUCUUUGUAUGGUCUAGCCGACUUGAACUUGUUCAGAGCAGAAACUCACAAAUUUGAAUCUCAUUAUGUUGGUAAACUUGUUGGAGGUGAAAAGGAGUGCUUUGAAAGAUCACCAAUCAAUCAUGCUAACAAAUUUUCUUGUCCCAUUAUUUUGUUUCAAGGAUUGGAGGACAGGAUUGUGCCACCAGAUCAAGCUCGGAAAAUUUAUCAGGCUCUGAAGGAAAAAGGUGUUCCAGUUGCUCUUGUUGAGUAUGAAGGAGAACAACAUGGCUUUCGAAAGGCUGAGAACAUUAAGUUUACACUUGAACAACAAAUGGUCUUCUUUGCUCGAUCCAUUGGAAACUUCAAUGUUGCUGAUGAUAUUACUCCAAUUAAAAUUGACAACUUCGAUUGAGAAUGGUUUUUCAGAGGUACACUUGUUGGAUC